AUAACACUAGUGCGGUGUUAUCAAAUGUUAUUUCCCUCGAAUCCCUAAUCAAGUGUUUCUCCCUCCCCUUUCUCUCUUCGUUCAAUCGUGAUCGUAAGACUUUCAAGCUAUUUGGUUCUGAAGCUUUUGUUCAAUGGCAAAGGACAAGCCUGUUUCUGUCAAAGAUGCCGUCUUCAAAUUGCAAAUGUCACUCCUUGAAGGCAUUCAAAAUGAAGACCAGCUGUUUGCUGCCGGGUCUUUGAUGUCAAGGAGUGACUACGAAGACAUUGUAACCGAACGAUCCAUCACAAACAUGUGUGGUUAUCCACUCUGCAGCAAUGCUUUGCCAUCCGAUCGCCCGCGGAAGGGUAGAUAUAGGAUUUCACUGAAGGAGCACAAGGUCUAUGACCUACAAGAGACUUACAUGUUUUGUUCUUCAAAUUGUCUUGUUAGCAGCAAAACUUUUGCUGGGAGCUUGCAAGCUGAGAGAUGCUCUGGUUUAGACCUGGAGAAACUAAACAAUGUUCUUAGCUUGUUUGAGAAUUUGAAUCUGGAACCGGUGGAGACUUUGCAAAAGAAUGGAGAUUUAGGUUUGUCUGAUUUGAAAAUCCAGGAGAAAACAGAAAGAAGCAGUGGGGAGGUGUCUUUGGAGCAGUGGGCUGGACCUUCAAAUGCAAUUGAGGGAUAUGUACCAAAACCAAGAAACCGUGAUUCUAAGGGUUUGCGGAAAAAUGUUAAAAAAGGGUCCAAAACUGGUCAUGGCAAGUCAAUUAGUGACAUAAAUUUAAUUAACAGUGAGAUGGGCUUUGUGAGUACUAUAAUUAUGCAAGAUGAGUAUAGUGUUUCAAAAGUACCGCCAGGUCAAAUGGAUGCAACUGCUAAUCAUCAAAUUAAACCAACAGCUACAGUCAAGCAGCCAGAAAAGGUUGAUGCUGAAGUGGUCAGGAAAGAUGAUGAUAGCAUUCAAGAUUUGUCUUCAUCUUUUAAGAGCAGUUUAAUUUUAAGCACCUCAGAAAAAGAGGAGGAAGUAACUAAAUCAUGUGAAGCUGUGCUCAAAUUCUCCCCCGGUUGUGCUAUUCAAAAGAAAGAUGUUCAUUCAAUCUCCAUAUCAGAAAGACAAUGUGAUGUGGAACAGAAUGAUUCUGCUAGGAAAUCUGUACAAGUCAAAGGGAAAACGAGUAGAGUUAUUGCUAAUGAUGAUGCUUCCACUUCCAAUUUAGAUCCUGCCAAUGUUGAAGAGAAAUUCCAAGUGGAAAAAGCAGGUGGAUCAUUAAAGACUAAACCCAGAUCUUCCCUUAAAUCUGCUGGUGAAAAGAAAUUUAGUCGCACUGUUACUUGGGCGGAUGAGAAAAUCAACAGCACUGGGAGUAAAGAUCUUUGUGAGUUUAAAGAAUUUGGAGAUAUUAAAAAAGAAUCUGACUCAGUAGGAAAUAAUAUAGAUGUUGCCAAUGAUGAAGAUAUAUUACGUCGUGCGUCAGCAGAAGCUUGUGCUAUUGCAUUGAGCUCAGCAUCAGAAGCAGUUGCCUCUGGAGACUCGGAUGUCAGUGAUGCUGUUUUCUCGCCUAUGAAUGAAACUUGUGCAGUUUCUGAAGCUGGAAUCACUAUAUUGCCACCUCCACAUGAUGCUGCUGAGGAAGGUACUGUGGAGGAUGCUGAUAUACUACAAAAUGAUUCAGUUACUCUGAAAUGGCCAAGAAAGACUGGAAUUUCUGAAGCUGAUUUCUUUGAAUCUGAUGACUCAUGGUUUGAUGCUCCACCAGAGGGUUUCAGUUUGACUUUGUCACCUUUUGCAACUAUGUGGAAUACCCUCUUUUCAUGGACAACAUCAUCUUCUUUGGCAUAUAUAUAUGGGAGGGAUGAAAGUUUUCAUGAAGAAUAUCUAUCAGUUAAUGGCAGAGAAUAUCCUUGCAAAGUUGUCUUGGCAGAUGGUCGCUCAUCUGAAAUAAAACAAACUUUAGCCAGUUGUCUUGCUCGAGCUUUACCUGCGCUUGUUGCUGUGCUCCGGCUGCCAAUACCAGUAUCUAUCAUGGAGCAAGGGAUGGCAUGCUUGCUGGAGACAAUGUCAUUUGUGGACGCACUUCCAGCUUUCAGAACAAAACAAUGGCAAGUGGUUGCUCUUUUGUUCAUUGAUGCAUUGUCCGUAUGUAGAUUACCUGCUCUUAUCUCAUACAUGACGGAUAGGAGGGCUUCAUUUCAUAGGGUUUUGAGUGGUUCUCAAAUACGUAUGGAAGAGUAUGAGGUUUUGAAGGAUCUUGUAGUACCACUGGGCCGAGCACCUCAUAUCUCUUCCCAAAGUGGGGCAUGACAACAAAUAAAUGUUGGACUUCACCAACGAUGAGCGCAAUAUUAUAUGCUCUAAUGCUAGCUAGCGAGUGAUAAAUGCAAAUUGAUAUUCAAAAUAGACAUUGUUCUAAAAUAUUGUCUUCCUGUUAAAUGGCAGUUUGUAUGUUUUUAUUUUAUUUUAUGCCAAGCAGUCUGUAGAAGGUUCUGAAGAUGUCUAUUGGAUUACUAAUCUUAGAGGUGCAUGUCAGGAUGGUUAAUACAGAACAAAUAUCUUCCCGAUUAUAAGAUUGAUUUUACAGAUUUAAUUUUAA